AUACAGCGCCGAUGAUGAGGCAGUGAUAAUCGUGAGGAAUACGUUUUCUCUUAGCUAAAAAGUGCCUCGGUUGGAGCGGCGAAAUUCAGUUGACGAAGGAAUACUCAACCGAUCAGUCAUGACUGGGAAAUUCAGUGGGGUUGUUGGGCUGGUUUUGGUCGUUUUGGUUCAGACUAAAAUAGCAUCGACUGAUUUCGGCAUACCAAUGACGUUUACUGGAGGAACCAUGAUCACGACAAGUGCCAACAGUAUCUACAGUGUGUUUAAUGUUAUGAAUAUGAAUCUACGACGAUACAGUCUAGUUAAACAGAAUGGACCUCUCCGAUCCUCUAGUGAAAAAAUCGCACAAAUGGCUCAAAAAGUUGCAGAUUUGGGAAAACUGCUUGCUUCAAACGUGACUAAAGCUGCCACCGAUAGAGUCACACCCGUGAAGGAUUUGUUCAAUGCAUUGCAAAGUUCGUACGAUCAAAUGAGUCAGUAUCUGAAGUCAGAUGCCUUAGUUGCAUUGGGUCAAGUUUCUGAUGGUUUGGGAACUACUGAAUUGGCAAACGCUCUGGACGGAGUCACGAACGCCAUUGCCAACGUGACCACAAUAACGGAAACUUUUGAGCGCGCAAUCGGACAAACGCUGCAUGCUGCCAACGGAAAACCAGUAACUCGAAGCACCCUCAAUGCCUACAUUCCACCAAGUCUGACAAUCUCGAUGGCGAAUGCACUAGGACAGCUGAAGGAACAAACUUCAGUUCUAUCGAAGGUCGUUGAAUACAUGCUGAAAAAUAUAGCUGUCGUAGAUUCUCAUAUAGCCAAGGUAAAUGCCACGGCCUUAAGUUUGGAACAAAAGGUCAACACAACUCUAUUGGCUAUGGAACAACAGUAUCGCACCGAAGCCGACACAAUCACCAAAAGACUGUACACAUCGCAGAACGUAAUCAGAACUGAACUAAGCAAUGCGGUCGGCAAACUGUCCAUAUUCCAAUCGAACCGAACUCUCCUCAAACUGGUUGAUGGAUUUUCGGAAGCUUACACCAAAGUAUACUACAAUCUGUUCAAUCGCAACAAAUCAGACGUAGACAGCAUUCAAAAAGCCUACGCCGAAAUUAUCUCCAACAUGAACCAGCAAACACGAUACCUCAGUAACAACUUUUCCACGGAAAUGCAGCAAACCGCAGUCGCCGUUGGCUUCCAAUACCUCAACCGGAACUCCAAUUUCGACUCUUGCUUCGUCAACCAUCAAAACCAGAUAUUUGCCGCAUUCACCCCCUUCAACAACGCCAUCAACAGUUGCCUCAACAGGGAGAAAACCCGACUCGGACGGAUACCGGACGUGAUCGACCGAUUCCUCCGCCAGACGGAAGCCAACAACGAAGACUUCGGCUACAACAUCGGUACCUGUUCGACACAGACCGGAUUUGCAAACUCGGCGAUAACCUAUCGGCAGGCGCUGACUUGUCUCAAUACGACGCUGAACCACGCGGAAUCGUUCCAGCAGGUGAUCGGCCAAGGAUACGAUACCAUGCAGCAGAUGCUCCGGGCGGAAGUGGCCGGAAGCCAGUUUCGGCUUAGGGAUUGCUUGGAGUCACGCGGUAACGAAGGUAUGGCACUCAUCGAAGGGCUGAGCCGAGACGUGGAACGGUGUCUCUAUGGCGAGAGUGGCAACCUGAGAACCUCCGGGAAACCGGAGCGAGUGGGAGAGAUGAGUGCGGUGGAUGAGGGAGAACCGAGUGCAACGACGGAAACUAGCACGGAAGAUAGUUUCUAUGACGAGCUGGCAAAAGACGUGUUGGGUAACUAUUGAACGAAUGUAUACGAAUUUCAUGUUAUAGAAGGUUGAUUGAUUGAAGUAAAUGAAACCAUCAUAAAUCAAGAAUCUUGAACUCGUUUUAUUGCAUCAACGAAUGGUGUCCUCAGAAAAUAGAAUAAACAGGGCGUAUAGAAUUGAUAGUGAAAACGCACCUUAGCAAAUUAAAAUAAUAUUUCAGUCUAGUGGAGUAAAUUGAGCAAAUGGGUUAUGCAGCUUUCUGCUAUACAUUUUUAUCUUUUUAUUUUAUUCUUACUUUUUCCUUUAGAGAAUUUCUUGGCUUUUCAGUCCGAUUGUGAGAUCAAAAACACCUUAUGUUCUCUUACUCCGACGUUUCGAUCCGUAUCGGAUCUUUAUCAAGGAAUCGAGUUUUUGGUUGUUUUUUCGUCAUGUAGAUUUUUCAAUCUUUCAACUGUCAUUCGAUAUUCUAGUUUCCCGU